CUCCCUAUCCCUCUCAAAAGAGAAAAGUAAAUCUAGUUAGUAUUAUUUUCUCUCCUUUUCCCACUCUUCUUUCCCGAGAGAAUCCUGUUUGCCCUUUUUUUAUACGUGGCGAGAAAGUUGACCAACUCACCGAUUAGACCAGAACCAUGGAAAAAUAAAUGAACCCAUGGACCAAUAAUACACACGCUAUAACCCUACCUUUCCCUCAUCCCUAGGUGUUAAAGUGGAAGCCGUUCAAAGGGUCGAGGAUCUGUAUUCAAUGGCUUCGCAAGGGCAAGGAUUAAUCGACCCGGCCUUACUGGACGACAUAAUCAGACGGCUGACGGAGGUCCGAUUGGCGAGGCCCGGCAAGCAGGUCCAGCUCUCAGAGACGGAGAUCAAGCAACUCUGUGUAGCUUCCAAAGACAUCUUUAUGCGACAGCCCAAUCUUCUCGAACUUCAAGCCCCCAUCAAGAUUUGCGGUGAUAUCCAUGGACAAUACAGUGAUUUAUUAAGGCUUUUCGAAUAUGGGGGAUUUCCUCCUCAUGCCAAUUACUUAUUUUUGGGGGACUAUGUGGAUCGUGGAAAGCAGAGCUUAGAAACAAUAUGCCUUUUGCUUGCCUAUAAGAUUAAAUAUCCAGAGAACUUCUUUCUUCUAAGAGGAAAUCAUGAAUGUGCUUCUAUUAACCGGAUAUAUGGAUUUUAUGAUGAAUGCAAGCGGCGAUUCAAUGUUAGACUAUGGAAGGCCUUUACAGACUCUUUUAACUGCCUUCCGGUGGCCGCUCUUAUAGAUGACAAAAUAUUGUGCAUGCAUGGUGGUCUUUCCCCUGAUCUGAUAAACUUGGAUCAAAUUAGAAAUUUAACUCGUCCUACUGCUAUACCGGAGUCUGGCUUGCUUUGCGAUUUGCUUUGGUCAGAUCCUGGUAGAGAUGUUAAAGGAUGGGGAAUGAAUGACAGAGGAGUAUCACACACCUUUGGCCCUGAUAAGGUGGCGGAAUUCUUAGAGAAGCAUGAUUUGGACCUUAUCUGUCGUGCCCAUCAGGUGGUGGAGGAUGGAUAUGAAUUCUUUGCCAACAGGCAGCUUGUUACGAUAUUUUCUGCCCCCAAUUAUUGUGGUGAAUUUGAUAAUGCUGGCGCAAUGAUGAGUGUAGAUGAAGACUUGCUGUGCUCUUUCCAGAUUCUUAAGCCAGCAGAGAAAAAAGCCAAGUUCUUGAUGUCAAACAAAAUGUGAUGGUAGCUGUAUAAUUUCUUUCCCGUCUCACCCAAGAUGUCUUUUCCCUCUUGAUGACUUGAGGAGUUGGUGAAACGAAGAUUGAAAGUUUCAUAAAUUCCCUCUCAACUCUAGGAGAUUUAAGUGCUAUGCUUUCUGCGAUAAGGAAUCUUUUGAGUGGGAGGAGGAAAUCAGGUCUUAGGACAAGUAGAGUGGAGGGCACAACGCAGAAAAUUAUUAUUUGCUCAUGUAACUUUAUCUGUAGCACUUCAUCUGUGGCACACUGUGUACAUAUAUUUGGUUGGGUUAUUAUUCAUGUGUGUGCUUUCCAUUGCGGGCAACAUAAUGGCCUCUGUUAGACCUGAAAUCUUCCGUAACUAUGGUUAUAACUUUUAUUGAUUGAAAUGCUUGUACGUGA